AAGCCUGCAGGCGUCAGACUCGCUAAACUAUCUGCAGUCAGGAACAAAGCAGUCAGACGGAGCUCAGCGUCUGCAGACCUUCAGGCUUCAGUUUCUCAGCUGGAACUUCAUCAGUUCUGGGAUUUUUUACUUUAAUGAAACAAACGUUUUUGCUGAUCAGCCAGCGAUUCUGUCCAGUCCGGGCCGUUUCUGCACCACCACCACCUCUGGACCUCCGUCUGGACCUCCGACCUCCGUCCUCAGACCCUCGUCUCCCAGGAAGAUGAUGCUCAGCAUGGCCCUGAUCUGGGGGGUUCUGGUCGGAUUCUGCUGCCUGCUCUGGUUGGCGCUGGGCAUCAGACGGAGGGGGCCCAACGAACCAGCCGUGGAGAACGGCUUGAUCCCGUACCUCGGCUGUGCUCUGCAGUUCGGAUCCAACCCUCUCCAGUUCCUGCACAGCCGGCAGAAGAAGCACGGCCACAUCUUCACCUGCAAGAUCGCCGGCCAGUUCAUCCACUUCCUGUGCGACCCGUUCUCCUACCACUCUGUGAUCCGGCAGGGCCGGCACCUGGACUGGAGGAAGUUCCACUUCGCCACGUCCGUCAAGGCAUUUGGCCACGACAGCUUCGACCCCCGACACGGUCACACCACGGAGAACCUGCACCAGACCUUCCUGAAGACGCUGCAGGGCGAAGCGCUGCCCGCCCUCAUCGAGACCAUGAUGGGACACCUGCAGGACGUCCUGCUCAAGUCCGACACGCUUAGUCCUAGCAAGGACCGCUGGCAGGUGGACGGCAUCUUCGCCUUCUGCUACAAGGUGAUGUUUGAGUCGGGCUACCUGACUCUGUUCGGGAAGGAGCUGGGCGAGGACAAGACUUCAGCUCGCCAGGAGGCCCAAAAGGCCCUGGUGCUCAACGCUCUGGAGAACUUCAAGGAGUUUGAUAAGAUCUUCCCGGCGCUGGUGGCCGGGCUGCCCAUCCACGUCUUCCAGAGUGCCUACUCGGCCCGAGAGAACCUGGCGAAGACGAUGCACGCCGACAACCUGUCCAAGAGGCACAACAUGUCGGACCUGAUCUCCAUGAGGAUGAUCUUAAACGACUCCCUGUCAACCUUCAACGACCUCAGCAAGGCCAGGACCCACGUGGCUCUGCUGUGGGCGUCGCAGGCCAACACCCUGCCGGCCACCUUCUGGAGCCUCUUCUACAUGAUCAGGAGUCCAGACGCCAUGAAAGCAGCUUCUCAAGAGAUCCAGAAGGUUCUGCAAGACUCCGGCUUGACCGUCGACCCCAGCGAGCCCAACCUGAACCUGAGCAGGGAGCAGCUGGACAACAUGCCGGUCCUCGACAGCAUCAUCAAAGAAGCCAUGCGUCUUUCUAGCGCCUCCAUGAACGUCCGCGUUGCCAAGGAGAACUUCCUGCUCCACCUGGACAACCAGGAGGCGUAUGAGAUCAGGAAAGACGACGUCAUCGCGCUGUACCCCCCCAUGCUGCACUACGACCCCGAAAUCUACGAGGAUCCAUAUGAGUUCAAGUUUGACCGGUUCCUGGACGAGAAGGGUCAGGAGAAGACCACGUUCUACCGCGGCGGCCGCCGGCUACGCUACUACUUCCUGCCCUUCGGCUCCGGCGUCACCAAGUGUCCCGGCAGGUUCUUCGCUAUCUACGAGAUCAAGCUGUUCCUGUCCCUGGUUCUGGUCAACUUCCACCUGGAGCUGCUGGACCCGGCCUCCAGGGUCCCCCCUCUGGACCAGUCUCGGGCCGGCCUGGGGAUCCUGCAGCCCAGCUAUGACGUGGACUUCAGGUACAAGCUCAAGGCCGGGUCCUAGACCGGGUCCAGGUCCUAGACCGGGUCCUAGACUGGGUCGCCAUGGAAACCGGGACUGGAUCAUGUACAUAUGCAUCAGUGUUAAUGAAAGUGUUUUCAUGUAAAUAGAUUUGUGUUUGAUUGUUGUACGCUGAUGACGCAGGAAUGUGGCUGUAAGUUUAUAUUGUGAUGUUCAGGCUGAGUUGUUUUGUAGAUAAAGCUGUUGAGUCUGAGAGAGAUUUCAGGACUUUUCCACUAAACCAUUAACUGAAUCUGAGCUACCAGUUCACCCAGAUAUCCAGAAGUAGUGGAUAAAUAAAAUGAACUGUGUUCAUUUGUAGUGUAAGUUUACCUAAAUCGUAUCUUCAAGUGUUUAACUGUGUAGAGCUGGAAUUGUUUCUCACAUGCAGCAUUUUUAAUGGACCAAAAGGAUUUUCUUACAACUCUGAGUGUAAAAUAUUGAGAAUUACUGGCAUUGUGUUUUAUUUAUUUUUUAUCCUUUGGCAAAACCUCUUCAUUAAUGGAGUUUACCUCCAAAACAGCUGAAAUAAAGUGACCUUUAUGCCAUUUAUCAGAUUUUAAGAUAGCUUAGCUGCUUACUAAUGUUCAUAUCUGUGUUUGUAAAGUGAUGAUUUUUCUAUAUUGUGCAUCAAAUUGCAAUUUGAACAAAUGUAAAAUAAACUGUCAACAUUUUAAGCUAGCAAUGUCUGAUUUCAAACUAAAACAUUUAUUUGGUUCUGGUUCCACUUGGCUUUCAGUCUUAGAUUCACAAAUCUGUUUUUUUCUUAAAGGGUUUUAACUCUUAACACUUUCACAGAGAUCUAAUCUUAAAUCUGUAAAAAGCCCUGAAUAUGGGCUUCAUCCUGAAUGGAAACAGACUCCUAUCUGUCCGUUUGAAGCUGCCCAAACCCUAAGGCUAAUGCUA